AUGCUAACAGUGGUAGGAGCUGAGCCCAGAGUGAAGCUGAGUUUGGGGAAGCCUUUCAAUGAUAAUCACCCUGGCAUGCUGGUAUGCAGCGCUUACGACUUCUACCCAAAAAUGAUCCGCAUAAGCUGGUACAGAGAUGGGCAGAAGGUGACCAGCGAUGUCUGGGCCACAGAGGAGCUAGCGGAUGGAGACUGGUUCUACCAGAGCCACUCGCAUCUGGAGUUCACCCCCAAACCUGGAGAGAAGAUCACCUGUGAGGUGGAGCACAUCAGCUUCAAGGAGCCCAGAGAGUUUGUCUGGGACUCCUCCAUGCCCAAGUCUGAGAGGAAUAAGGUGGCCAUUGGGGCUGCUGGACUGGUGCUGGGCCUGAUGGUCUGUGCUGCUGGACAGCUCUACUACAGGAAGAAGUCUCAAGGCUGGAUCAUAGGUCUGCCAGGAUGAGAGUUCAUUAUA